ACUGCGGGGGAAAUGAGGGGAAGAAGCGAGAGGAAAAGGAAAAAAGUAAGGAGAGAUCAUUUUCUUUCGUCUAUUUUCAGGUCUCUCUUGCUCUCUCCUCUCUUCUAUUAUCUUCUCUUGUCGAACCCCCGCCAUUUCGCGAAACCCUAACCCGCGUCCCCUCGAUCCGAGGCGGCCUCCGCCGCUCCCGCCCAGAUUCGCUGCCGAUUUGGUCGGAGGAAUCGAUUCCGGCGCCGCCCAAGACGGUCUUCAACGCCUAAUUUGAGGGAAGGUUGGCUCCGGCGGCCGGGGACGAUGAGCGCCCAGAAGAAGAGGAACUUUAAGAUCGAGGCGUUCAAGCACCGGGUCGAGGUCGAUCCCAAGUACGCCGAGAAGACCUGGAAGAUCUUGGAGCACGCCAUCCAUGAGAUCUAUAAUCACAACGCCAGCGGCCUCAGCUUCGAGGAACUCUAUAGGAAUGCGUACAAUAUGGUGCUGCACAAAUAUGGAGAAAAGCUGUACUCUGGCCUUGUAACUACUAUGACAUGGCACCUAAAAGAAAUAGCAAAAUCAAUAGAGGCUGCUCAGGGAGGUUUAUUUUUAGAGGAGCUGAACAGAAAAUGGGGGGAUCACAACAAGGCAUUGCAGAUGAUUCGGGACAUACUGAUGUACAUGGAUAGGACAUUUGUUCCAAGUAAUCACAAGACUUCUGUUCAUGAGCUUGGACUUAAUCUGUGGAGGGAUAACAUCAUUCACACCCACAAGAUCCAGACUAGGUUGCUUGACACACUCCUCGACCUCAUACACAGAGAGCGAAAAGGUGAAGUAAUAAACAGAGGGUUGAUGAGAAACAUUACAAAAAUGUUAAUGGACCUUGGAUCUUCUGUAUAUCAAGAAGAUUUUGAGAGACCAUUUUUAGAGGUCUCAGCUAGUUUUUACAGUGGCGAGUCCCAGCAAUUCAUUGAGUGCUGUGAUUGUGGUGAUUACCUUAAGAAAGCUGAGAGGCGGCUUAAUGAAGAGAUGGAGCGAGUUUCACACUACUUAGAUGCCAAAAGUGAGGCGAAAAUAACAAGUGUAGUGGAGAAAGAGAUGAUAGCUAACCACAUGCAGAGAUUGGUCCACAUGGAGAAUUCCGGUCUUGUGAAUAUGCUUGUGGAUGACAAGUAUGAAGAUUUAAGCAGAAUGUACAACUUGUUUCGCCGAGUUCCUGAAGGGCUUUCAACAAUCAGAGAUGUGAUGACCUCUCACCUUCGAGAAACUGGGAAACAGCUAGUAAUUGAUCCAGAUAGGUUAAGGGAUCCUGUGGACUUUGUUCAACGCCUCUUGGAUAUGAAGGACAAACAUGAUAAGAUUAUUAACGUUGCAUUUAAUAAUGACAAGACCUUUCAGAAUGCUUUGAACUCAUCAUUUGAAUAUUUUAUCAAUCUAAACAACAGGUCUCCUGAGUUUAUAUCCUUGUAUGUUGAUGAUAAGCUCCGUAAAGGUCUCAAGGGGGUCACUGAAGAAGAUGUAGAGGUUGUUCUGGACAAAGUGAUGAUGCUAUUCCGGUACCUGCAGGAGAAGGAUGUCUUUGAGAAAUAUUACAAGCAGCACUUGGCAAAGAGGCUUCUUUCUGGGAAGACUGUUUCCGAUGAUGCAGAAAGAAGCAUGAUAGUCAAGCUCAAGACUGAAUGUGGGUAUCAGUUCACAUCUAAACUGGAAGGUAUGUUUACAGAUAUGAGGACAUCCCAGGACACCAUGCAAGGUUUCUAUGCUAGUCAGUAUUCUGAGAUGGGAGAUGGCCCUACUCUGGCUGUUCAAGUUCUUACAACGGGUUCUUGGCCGACACAGCCCAGUGCCCCUUGCAACCUUCCGGCUGAAAUUCUUAGCGUGUGUGAGAAGUUUCGUGCAUAUUAUCUUGGAACUCAUACUGGACGGAGAUUGACAUGGCAAACAAAUAUGGGCACUGCAGAUAUAAAAGCAACCUUUGGUAAGGGACUGAAGCACGAGCUGAAUGUUUCUACUUACCAAAUGUGUGUCCUCAUGUUGUUCAAUUCAGCGGAUUGUUUGAGUUAUAAAGAAAUUGAGCAAGCAACAGAAAUACCAGCUUCAGAUCUGAAGCGGUGCCUUCAGUCUCUUGCUUGUGUCAAGGGUAAGAAUGUUCUCCGUAAGGAACCCAUGAGCAAGGACAUUGCAGAGGAUGAUGCCUUCUUCUUCAAUGACAAGUUUACAAGCAAGUUUAUUAAGGUGAAGAUAGGGACAGUGGUGGCACAAAAGGAGUCAGAACCAGAGAAGCAUGAGACUCGUCAAAGGGUGGAGGAAGACAGAAAGCCUCAGAUUGAGGCUGCCAUUGUGAGAAUCAUGAAAUCCAGAAGGGUGUUAGAUCAUAACAGCAUCGUAACUGAAGUUACCACACAACUGCAGUCCCGUUUCCUGCCAAAUCCUGUUGUGAUAAAGAAACGAAUCGAAUCUCUCAUUGAGAGGGAGUUUUUAGAGAGGGACAAAGCAGACAGGAAACUGUAUCGAUAUCUUGCUUGAUUCUUGCAUGCAUGUUUCCUGUGGAUUGAGGCCAUACUUUUCAUUUAAAAUGCAGUUGGUAAGAAAAUUGCUAUCUGAUGUAUUCAUCAAAAUGCUUUGCUAAUGUUGCUUAGUGUUUUCACUCCAUUGACCAGUUUUGAUGAAAUGCAAAUUUUUUACUUGGCAUUCUUUGUUCUUUUCACAAGAUGAAAGUCUUUGAUGCUUGAGACAUGGGAGGGCCAAUGGCAAAUUCGUACAGCUGAAUCAUGUUGUGUGCCCAACCAUUCUUUCGCAACAAAAUCAGGAAGAGGAAAGCCGACCUCCUUGUUCUCGAAAGAUUUCAUUGUAUCAUUCUGCCUCAUCCCAUGACACCAGUGCUGGUGAUCUUAGAAGAGGGAACAUUGUUCUCCUCAGUUAUCUUUCGAAAUGUAAGUUGAUUUUAGGUGAUUUGUGUAUCGUCAGGUAACCAUGUUGUUUGCCAUUAAGAUAGCCAUACGGCUCACUUUUCCAUUUGUGAAAAUGAAGAGUUAUCCCUGGCUAUAGAAGCUGCACUGAUCUAUCAGUAAUUGGGAGACUCAUUUGUAUAUAGUGGGUGGUCAAACUACGGAGAUGUUGCUGCUUUGUUGUUACCA